AUGCCUACACACUUAGAAGAGCUCGUUGACUUCAUAUCCCAUGGCAACACUCAGGUGCGACAGCUCGCUGUCGAAAACCUCGUUCCUUACUCCCUCUCUCAACCCGCAAUCUUUAAAGCGAACCAGCUUCAGCCAAUAACAGAUCUGAAGCUUUUGGUGCGAGAUUACAAACAAAUCGCUAAAGAUGUGCUUACGAUCCUUAUAAACCUCUCCAUAGACCGUGAAAUACUCGAGAACUUGGCUUCAGACAAAAGUUUUGUAAGGACGAUAUUGGGUCGCAUAACAAACCCCGCCGAGUCCAACGCCAACCUAAUAUCUAUGCUUCUCGCGAAUCUGGCCAAAUAUGACGAGUUAAAAGACAUAUUGGCUGUCGAGCGACCUGCACCGAAAGAGUUAGCUUCCAACAACCGAGCAAUCGAUCAACUGCUGGAUUUAUUCGUCAAAGGUGCAGAUGGAACAUACAACAAAGCGGCAGACUUCGACUACCUCUCCUAUCUCUUCGCAGACCUCGCAAAGCACGAAGAAGGACGAACCUACUUCCUCACAAAACAAGAAUAUGAUGGAGUGAUCCCCUUGACGAAAAUGAUCGUCUUCACAGAACAUAAAUCCGAUGUUCGAAGGAGAGGCGUUGCGAGCACAAUCAAGAAUGUUGCUUUUGAAAUCGAUUCGCAUUCUGAGUUGAUGGCUGAAGAUGAGAUUAACAUUCUGCCGUAUUUACUGCUACCGAUCACAGGCAAUGAGGAAUAUGACGAAGAGGAUACGCAGUCCAUGCUGCCCGACCUACAAUUGCUUCCACCAGACAAGAGACGAGAUUCUGACCCUACGAUUAUACAAACACAUGUCGAGACACUCAUGCUUCUCACCACAACGAGACAUGGAAGGGACACACUGAGGGAAAUCAAAGUGUACCCAAUCAUCAGAGAAACCCAUUUACAAAUCGAGGAUGAAGGUGUCCGAGAAGCAUGCGAGAGAUUGGUGCAAGUUCUGAUGAGAGAUGAAGAAGGUGAGGAGAAGGUGGACGGGGGAAUGAAGGCUUUGGAACAUAGGCCGAAUAAGAGUUCUGAGCGUCCGAAAGCUAUGCCCGGUGGUGGCAGUUGGGCGAAGAUAGAACAAGAGGAUGAGGAAGACGAGGAUGAUGACAUGAUAGUUGAGGUGUAA